UCCAACUCCGUCCUCGGCCACAAGACCCCCAACCUCCGGGACCUCUACACUCUUGGCCGGAAGCUGGGGCAGGGGCAGUUUGGAACCACCUAUCUCUGCACCGAGAUCGGCACCGGCAUAGAUUAUGCCUGCAAGUCCAUCUCCAAGAGGAAGCUGAUAUCGAUGGAGGAUGUCGAGGACGUGAAGCGGGAGAUCCAGAUCAUGCACCACCUCUCUGGCCACAAGAAUGUCGUCGCGAUCAAGGGGGCAUACGAGGAUCCUCUCUACGUCCACAUAGUGAUGGAAUUGUGCGAGGGAGGGGAGCUUUUCGAUAGAAUUAUACAGAGAGGUCACUACAGCGAGCGCAAGGCGGCCGAGCUGACGAGGAUCAUCGUCGGGGUCGUGGAGGCAUGCCACUCGCUUGGUGUCAUGCACCGGGAUCUCAAGCCGGAGAAUUUCCUGCUGGUGAAUAAGGAUGAUGACUCGUCCCUGAAGGCGAUCGAUUUUGGGCUCUCUGUCUUCUUCAAACCUGGCCAGAUUUUCACAGAUGUGGUAGGGAGCCCGUAUUAUGUUGCUCCUGAGGUACUGUGCAAGCACUAUGGGCCAGAAGCUGAUGUUUGGACAGCUGGUGUAAUACUUUACAUAUUGUUGAGUGGCGUACCACCUUUCUGGGCUGAAACACAGCAAGGGAUCUUUGAUGCCGUUUUGAAGGGACACAUUGAUUUUGAGUCAGAACCAUGGCCUAUGAUCUCUGACAGUGCCAAGGACCUCAUCAGAAAGAUGCUUUGCUCCCGCCCUUCAGAACGCUUGACAGCCCAUGAAGUACUAUGUCAUCCUUGGAUAUGUGAGAAUGGAGUCGCUCCUGAUCGAGCACUGGAUCCAGCAGUUCUCUCUCGCCUUAAACAAUUUUCUGCAAUGAAUAAGUUGAAGAAGAUGGCUUUAAGAGUUAUAGCUGAAAGCCUUUCAGAGGAGGAGAUUGCUGGACUAAGGGAAAUGUUUACAGCAAUGGACACAGACAACAGUGGUGCAAUCACAUUUGAUGAGCUUAAAGAAGGCCUGAAAAGAUAUGGUUCUAAUUUGAAAGAAUCAGAAAUUCGUGCUCUCAUGGAUGCGGCUGAUGUGGACAACAGUGGUACCAUUGACUACGGGGAAUUUAUUGCUGCAACGGUACAUCUUAACAAACUGGAACGUGAAGAACAUUUGGUGGCAGCAUUUUCUUAUUUUGACAAGGAUGGAAGUGGUUAUAUAACAGUUGAUGAGCUUCAGCAAGCUUGCAAAGAGCAUAACAUGACAGAUGUUCUCAUUGAAGACAUUAUCAAAGAAGUUGAUCAAGAUAAUGAUGGUUGUAUUGACUAUGAUGAGUUUGUCGCUAUGAUGCAAAAGGGCAAUAUGGGAAUUGGCCCAAUUGGAAGAAGAACCAUGCGGAAUACUUUUAAUUUUACCAUGAGGGAUACCCCUGGAGGUCCUGAUAUUUAACCAUGUGCGGAUUCUGUCACAAACUUUUCUCUUAUUUCCUUUUUCUACUAUUUUUUGUACUAGGCUUGUGAAUUGAAUGUAGCAAAAUGGCAGCAAAGCUUUAAAAGAUAUUUAUGAUGGUUUAUCGAAGUUUGGAAAAUGAGAAAGCUCUGAUGUUAGCACUAACUGAAAUAUAUUUUCACAUUAUUUGGUUCCCCUGUACAACCUAACUGAGGAGUUACCACUGAUUAUUUCAUGUUGAUGUUUC